AUGCGUCCUCGAGAUUACGAGCAGAUCCGUCAUGAGCUUGCAGUGCUGACUGAUCAGACCGCCGCUCUUUCUCGCUCCAAGUCCUCCCCAGGUCCUGUUGGGGGUAGUCCUGCUCGAGGUGCUGUGUCUGGGGGUGCUGAGCCUGGGGGUGCUGAGCCUGGGGGUGCUGAGCCUGGGGGUGCGGAGCCUGAGCCUGUGGAGUCAGGGGGUGCUGAGCUUGCGUGUGCGGAGCCUGGGGGUGCUGAGUCUAGGGGUGCUGAGACUGCUGCUCCGCGGUCUCCUUGGAGUACCCGUCUUCGUGCGCGUGUACCUCUCACCCCACAGCAGCUGCACGACUGGUACGGUCGCCGUCAGGGUCGCGCUUCUGGAGCUCGGGGUUCUGCUGCUGGAGGUACUUCUACUGCCGUUACUGGAGCUCGGAGUGGUGCUGGUCUCGGAGGUACUCUUACUGGAGGUACUGGAGCUGCUGGGGCUGGAGGUGCUGCUGAGCCUGAGGGUACUCCUGGUGGAGACCCUUGGUCUGGGGGUGCUGCUGCUGGAGGCACUGAGGCUGGUGACCCUAGGACUGGAGGUGCUAGUUUUGGGGGUGCUUCUGCUGAGGGUGCUGGAGCUGCUGAGGGUACUGGAGGUGCUGAGGGUGCUGGAGCUACUGAGGGUGCUGGAGCUGCUGAGGGUGCUGGAGCUGCUGGAGGUACUGGAGCUGCUGGGGGUGCUGGAGCUACUGAGGGUGUUGGAGCCGCUGGUGCUGGUAGCACUGCAUAG